ACCUGCACGCCUUGAGGAACCCCCCGCGCACACGCAUACGCACGCACACCCCGGAGAAAUAAGGGAAAAGCGAGAAAAGAAGGAGAAAUGUGGGGGUUUGGCGUGCCCACUGGAGGAAGACAGUGAAGAAAUCUUGCUGAGCACGUCACCACCACCGCCACCACCAUGGACCUUCUGGAUGGCGAAACGGUGUACAACUCGCACGAUGAAUCCCAUGUGGUGAUGUCGGAGAAGGUUCAGAGCCUGGCGGGAAGCAUCUACCAGGAAUUUGAACGCAUGAUAACUCGCUACGAUGAGGAUGUCGUGAAGGAUUUAAUGCCCCUCGUCGUGAACAUCCUGGAAUGUCUCGACUUGGCCUACACGGAGAACCAGGAGCACGAGGUGGAGGUGGAGUUGCUGCGCGAGGACAAUGAACAGCUGGUGACACAGUAUGAGAGAGAGAAACAGCUGCGGAAGGCAUCGGAGCAGAAACUGCUUGAAUUAGAGGAUGGAAUGGAGGAGGAGAAGAAGAAAUGUCAGUCAAGAGUGGAGACCCUAGAAUCUAUUGUCCGAAUGUUGGAGCUUAAAAAUAGAAAUGCUUCGGAUCACGCCAGCAGGAUGGAGGACAAGUCAGAGGAGAUUAAGAAGGAAUACACAAAGUUACAUGAUCGUUACACAGAGCUCUUCAAGACACACAUGGACUAUAUGGAACGGACCAAGAUAUUAAUGGGCACUGACAGACUGGACCAGCUCGGGACAGCUCGGGGACGCAUUCCUGGCUUCAGUUUGGGGAAUUUGAAUAGGUCAUCAGGGCCAGUGUCAUUUGGAUUCAGCUCGUUUGAAGGCAACAAGUCCCUCACCUCUCCGGUUGACAUGACAGGCUCUGCAAACGGGUCACUUCAAGUCACGUCACUUAAGAAUGAACUACAGGAGGCGCAGGUUGGUCCAGACACCCCAGUGGUCCAUUCUGACAAGGGCCAACUCACAGAUGCCAUCGAACAGGCGGACCGGGAAACUGCCACAAAGGGGGGUUGGGUGGACGGUUUUAGCCCUGAGAGUGAAGUGAUGUCCUCUCCUGAAAUGGAGGAUCUUGAGGACAUAUCUUUGGACACCAGCGUUGGGCCCCACCACCUCCCCCCGGGCAAGCUGGCCAGACCUACCACUACACAGCACAAGGAGGAGCGCACAGGCAACACACUCUACCAGGAGAUCCACUUCCAGGAACCUGACGCCCUGGCUGAAAUGGACGAGGGGGCUGAUAUCACAGACAGUUGCAGUGAAGAUGAGGGACACUCGGCCCCCUAUGCUGGAAUGGGCAAGGAGGUGGAAAAUCUUAUCAUGGAGAACAAUGAACUGCUGGCUACCAAGAAUGCCUUAAAUAUUGUGAAAGAUGACCUCAUUGCCAAAGUAGAUGAACUAACAAGUGAGCAAGAGAUCCUGCGAGAGGAGAUCAAGUCCCUGAACGCCGUCAAGUCCCGCCUGCGUCUGCGCAUCACGGAGCUGGAGGACGAGGUCAAGAAGGUGAAGGAGGAGGCAGAGAAGGUCGCCAAGGCUGGGAAGUCUGACGAUGAGGAGGACGUACCAAUGGCCCAGAGGAAGAGGUUCACCCGCGUGGAGAUGGCCCGGGUGCUGAUGGAGCGGAACCAGUACAAGGAGAGGUUCAUGGAGUUGCAGGGCGUGAGGUGGACCGAGAUGAUCCGGGCCACACGCACGGACCCAGCCACUGAUAAGAAGAAUAAGCAGACUAUUUGGAAGUUCUUCAGCAACCUCUUUAGCACCUCAGAGAAGCCACAGAGAAAGCCACUUCCGUACGGCAACGUUCGAUACAGUGCACCAGCCAGCCAGGUGACCCCCGCCCUGGACACCAUGAGGAGGAAGAAUCUUGCCGACCACAGACGCAAGGGGCUCGAGAUUUUUGAUGCUGGAUUCUCGUCGGAAAAACUGCAACAACGAAGGGCUACUGAGCGACGUGAGCAGUACCGCCAGGUCCGCGCCCACGUCAAGAAGGACGACGGAAGAUUACAGGCUUACGGGUGGAGUCUUCCGGCUAAGACUGGGCAGAGGGCUAUAGAAGGGCCCCCCGCACCAGCCCCAUCAGCCGCCGCCGCCGCCGCAACCUCAGCGCCGCAGCAGAGGGGAGCGACGGCAGCCUCCUCGCAUAUUCCAGUCCCAGUGCCUGUUUAUUGCCGGCCACUAAUGGAAAAGGAGCCAGGCAUGAAGAUCUGGUGUGCGGCCGGAGUUAAUUUGACAGGUGGAAGGACUCGCGAUGGUGGAAGUAUUGUGGGGGCUAGCGUCUUCUACUCUGGGGAUACAGAGACCACCACAGUGAAGCCCGCCGAUGAUGUGGAGACACUCGACCAGGAACUUAAGGAAGGAGAGAGAGAGCGGAAGGAAGGUGAAUUACUGGAGCAGACCCUCUCCUCUCUGGUGUGGAUCUGCACCUCCACACACGCCAUCAGCAAAGUAACUGUCAUUGACGCCAACAACCCUGCUGACAUCCUCGAGUCUUUCCACGUGUGUUCCUCCCACCUCCUGUGUAUCGCUAGUGUUCCUGGUGCCAAGGAGAGCGACUAUUCCAUGGACGAAGACUUUAACAAAAUUGAGAAAACCACCACCACUACCACCACCACCACCACAGAGGGAGACACCGCUGGGGGAGGAAAGGCGGAAGAGAGUGCGUCUAUGGGUACUCUGUCCUUCAUCAGCUGUGCCGCAGGAGGGAAUAUUUUGACACAAUCACCGACAGCUCCAGAGACCCCAGAGAAGGAAAUUGAAGAAAUAAAGCCAGUUCUUCGCAAGGAAACCAUCCCAUGCACAAACCCAGAGCAGGACGAAGACCAUGCCAGUGUGGUGGGGGGCGAGGAGGGGGAGGGAGCGCCACCCCCUCGCCGCCUGCUACGGGAGCCCCAGGGGGUGGUCAAGGAUGGAGUGGAGGAAGCACAGCCCUCGGAAGACUCGGACAGUGUGGUGACUGAGGAGGUGGAGAAGAUGUCAUCCGUCCUGUCUACAAUGUGGCUUGGCUCUCAAAGUGGAUCCAUCUAUGUCCACUCGGCCGUCAGACACUGGAAACGAUGCCUCCACUCCAUCAAGCUGAGAGAUUCCGUGCUCUCCAUCGUGCACAUUAAGGGCCGUGUGUUGGCGGCCCUGGCGGACGGGACAGUGGCCAUCUUCCACCGGCGCGGGGACGGCCAGUGGGACUUAAACAACUACCACUUAUUGGACCUAGGACGGCCACACCACUCCAUUAGGUGCAUGCAGGCGGUCCAUGGCAGGGUGUGGUGUGGUUACAGGAACAAGAUUCACGUGGUUGACCCCAGGCACAUGACCAUUGAGAAAUCGUUUGACGCCCACCCCCGGAAGGAGUCCCAGGUGCGUCAGAUGGCCUGGCUGGGUGACGGGGUGUGGGUGAGCAUUCGCCUGGACUCCACCCUCCGCCUGUAUCACGCACACACCCAUCAACACCUCCAGGACGUAGAUAUUGAGCCUUAUGUCUCCAAAAUGCUGGGGACGGGCAAGCUUGGGUUCUCCUUCGUACGGAUAACAGCCCUCCUUAUCUCGUCACACCGGCUCUGGAUUGGUACUGGAAAUGGUGUCAUCAUAUCGGUGCCCUUAUCUGAGAGCGCCAACCCCAGGCCAGGACAGAGCGACUCCACCACCACCACCGCCAGCACCGCCAGCACCACCACCACCACCGCCGCCCCUGCCAGCAAGCCAGGUGGGGUGAUAAGGGUGUACACCGACAGCAGAGACCAAGUUACACCUGGUUCCUUUGCCCCUUACUGCUCUAUGGCCCAGGCACAGCUCUCCUUCCAUGGCCAUAGAGAUGCUGUUAAAUUCUUCGUCGCUGUUCCUGGUUUAGGAGGCUAUACCACCCUUACAGCUGCCCCAUCGGCCCUGGCCCUGCGCGCUGUGACGGAGAAAGAGGGAGAGGGAGAGCUGGCCACUGAGAAACCCAAGAGCAUGUUGGUGAUCUCUGGAGGUGAAGGCUACAUUGACUUCAGAAUUGCGGAUGAAAGAGAAGAGGACAGGGACACAGCCAGCCACCUCUUGGUCUGGCAUAUUCCACCGGAGGAUAAUCUUUCGCAUCUAAACUCCCUUCCACCCUCCACCUCCUCCACCCCGCCCCCUCCACCUCCUCCGCCGCCCCCUCCUCCCCCUCCUCCACCCCCAAUCCAACCCCCCGACCAUGCGUAGCCAAGCAGAGGCGGAAAAUGGAUGGAGCUGAUCGGAAGGUGGCACGCGACA